AUGGGUGCUUGGAACAACUUUGUCGACGGCUUCAAGCCCGAGGUCACCGACGACACCGCCUCGGACUCGUCGCCGCCCAACUACAAUGAGAAGAACGAAAAGGACUUCGAGGCUGGCAACGUCGUUGCCGGCUUCAAGGCGCCUAACGAAGAUGGCGGCCUCAAGCGCAACCUGCACGGCCGCCACGUCCAGUUCAUCGCCCUCGGUGGCUCCAUCGGUACCGGUCUCUUCAUCGGCUCCGGUGGUUCGCUCGCCGCUGGUGGUCCCGGUUUCCUCAUGAUCGACUACAUCCUGAUCGGUAUCAUGCUUCUCCAGGUCGUCAUGGCCCUCGGUGAGCUGGGUGCCAUCUUCCCCGUCGCCGGUUCCUUCGCUGCCUACUCAACCCGUUUCAUCGACCCCGCCGUCGGCUUUGCCAUGGCAUACAACUACUGGCUCCAAUGGCUGAUCGUCCUGCCCCUCGAACUCGUCGCCGCUUCCAUCGUCAUCAGCUUCUGGGACCCCAACGAGGUCGUACCCAAGGGCGUCUGGGUCGCCAUCUUCCUCAUCGUCAUCAUCGUCAUCAACCUCUUCGGUGUGCGUGGUUACGGUGAAUUCGAAUUCUUCGGCUCGCUCGUCAAGGUCCUUGCUGUCAUUGGCUUCAUCAUCGCAGGUGUAGUCAUCAACGUCGGUGGCGGCCCCGACGGAAAGUACUACGGUGCCGAGACGUGGCACAACCCCGGUGCCUUCAACAACGGCUUUAAGGGUUUCUCCUCGGUUUUCGUUAGCGCUGCUUUCGCCUUCGCGGGUACCGAGCUGAUUGGACUUGCUGCAGCCGAGACGGCCAAUGCGCGCAAGGAAAUUCCAAAGGCCGCCAAGCAGAUCUUCAUGCGCGUCACCAUUUUCUACGUCGUCUCGCUCUUCAUCGUCUCUCUCCUCGUCCCCUACACCGACAAACGUCUUGGAUCCGGUUCCUACGAUGCCAGGGCGUCCCCAUUCGUGAUUGCGAUCAACAAUGCUGGGAUCGCCGUGCUGCCUAGCAUUAUGAACGCUGUCAUUCUUAUUUCCGUUCUGUCGGUCGGAAACACGGCAGUUUAUGCCGCUUCGAGGACGCUCCAGGCUAUGGCUUCGAUUGGACAGGCUCCCAAGCUCUUCACCUACAUCGACCGCAACGGACGACCCGUUCCUGCCGUCGUUCUGUCGCUCAUCUUUGGUCUGCUCGGUUUCCUCAUCUACGCCGGUGACAACGCGCGCAACACCACCUUCAACUGGCUGCUCGCCAUCUCGGGUCUCUCGACCAUCAUCAGCUGGCUCUGCAUCUGCAUCUCGCACGCCCGCUUCCGCCUCGCCUGGAAGAAGGCCGGCCACACGCUCGAGGAGCUCCCCUGGAAGUCGCCCUUCAGCAUCUACGGCUCGCUCUAUGGCGCUGCCUUCAACGUGCUCGUCAUCAUCCUCACCUUCUACACGGCCGUCUGGCCCAUCGGCGAGGGUGAGAUGACCAAGAGCGAGCGCGCCACCGCCUUCUUCCAGAGCUUUAUCUCGGUGCCCAUCGUCGUCUUCGUCUUCUACAUCCCUUACAAGAUUAUCAAGCGUACUCGCGUCAUCCCCAUCGACGAGAUCGACAUCAGCACCGGUCGCCGCGACCCCGUCCCCGUCGAGGUGCUCCGCCGCGAGCGCGAGGAGGCAGCCGCCCGUCCUGUCUACAAGAAGGUCUGGAGCUUCUUCUUCUGA